GGCUCCACCAUAUAUCCAUUUCUGAACAGACAGUCGCCUUUAGAGCGAGACAAGAGGCCUGGCUUGAUAGCUCGAGAAAUUUUCGAGGCCUCAUUAUAGCCGUUUCCCAUCUCCAUCUCCGCCUCCAUCGUGCACCCUGACAGCACCAUCGUGUGUUUCUCGCCUCUGUUCCCUUUUCUCUCAGCUUUAUCUCGCCUUUAAUUGUCAUUUAUACUAUCUAGAGGGAGCCGCCACCAUGUCGACCGCUUUCCGAUCCCUUGCGCCUUUCCUGCGCACCGCCCGACAAGGUCUACGGGCUAACCCCAUCAACCCUCUUCAGUCCGCCUUUAGCAAGCAGAACACCUCAGGUGUCCUCAACCUUUACCGCACAUAUGCUGUUUUUGAGCGAUCAAAGCCUCAUGUGAACAUCGGUACAAUUGGUCACGUCGAUCACGGCAAGACCACUCUUUCUGCUGCCAUCACAAAGCGGCAGGCUGACAAGGGCCUCGCCAACUUCCUCGAGUAUGGUGCCAUUGACAAGGCUCCUGAGGAGCGAAAGCGUGGUAUUACCAUCUCGACCGCACACAUCGAGUACGCCACCGAGAACCGCCACUACUCCCACGUCGAUUGCCCUGGUCACGCCGAUUACAUCAAGAACAUGAUUACUGGUGCAGCCAACAUGGACGGUGCUAUCAUCGUUGUUGCUGCUUCCGAUGGACAGAUGCCCCAGACCCGUGAACACUUGCUCCUUGCUCGUCAGGUUGGUGUCCAGCGAAUUGUCGUCUUUGUCAACAAGGUCGAUGCCAUUGAUGACCCCGAGAUGCUUGAGCUCGUCGAGAUGGAGAUGCGCGAGCUUCUCAACACCUACGGCUUCGAAGGCGACGACACUCCCGUCAUCAUGGGCUCUGCUCUCAUGUCUCUCCAGAACCAGCGCCCUGAGAUUGGUACCGAGAAGAUCGAUGAGCUUCUUGCUGCCGUUGACGAGUGGAUCCCCACCCCCGAGCGUGACCUCGAUAAGCCCUUCCUUAUGUCCGUUGAGGAUGUCUUCUCCAUUGCUGGCCGCGGCACCGUCGUGUCUGGCCGUGUGGAGCGUGGUGUUCUGAAGCGUGAUCAGGAGAUCGAGCUUGUCGGAAAGGGCCAGGAGGUUAUCAAGACCAAGGUUACCGAUAUCGAGACCUUCAAGAAGUCUUGUGAACAGUCCCAGGCUGGUGACAACUCUGGUCUCCUCAUCCGAGGUGUUCGCCGUGAGGAUGUCCGCCGUGGUAUGGUCGUCUGCGCUCCUGGCACCGUAAAGUCUCACACCCAGUUUCUCGCUUCCCUCUACGUCCUCUCAAAGGAGGAGGGUGGCCGACACACCGGUUUCCAGGAGCACUACCGACCCCAGCUCUACCUUCGAACUGCAGAUGAGUCCAUUGACCUGACUUUCCCCGAGGGUACUGAGGAUGCUUCUAGUAAGAUGGUCAUGCCUGGUGACAACACCGAGAUGGUUGUCACCAUGGGUCACCCCAAUGCUAUCGAGGUUGGUCAGCGAUUUAACAUCCGUGAGGGUGGCCGAACUGUCGCUACUGGUCUCUGCACUCGCAUCCUCAAAUAAGCGGCGUUUUAGACAAGAAAUGAAAAGGUUAACGGGGACGGUGUACGAAUUAUUACGCUUAUGUACAAUCAUGCAAUGUCUUUCUUUGAGUCCAUUUCGGCUCCUGUAUAUUUAUUUAGCUGGCCUAGGGGCUCAAAGAUCUCCGCUCUGCUUCCUCCCACCUUUUGGUGAUUUGAAUUAGAUAAAAUCUAGGGGAGGCAGUAAUAAGACUUAUAAACGAAAAACAUCCAUUUCACCUUGAAUCCUUGUCCGUUGCGGCAAUAUGAUAAUCAUUGUGGCAGUGAUGAAUAAUGAUGGUUGGAUCAACAUUUGAUGAGCACAACGGGGUCUUCAAGGAUGCGGGAGGGCCAGCACUUGGAGUUUUUCUUUAGAAUUGUCAUUAAUCACAUUGACUCGAUGCACUCCAUAGCCACAGGCUAGUCGUGCGGAAAAGUGGGAGGAUAAGACAGGACACAGAGACAUGAUCGAGGUCCGAUGCAAUGGUAUUCGUCUAUCCUCGGAGGAUUUUCGUCAGACGCACGAUCUUCCUGAGGGACCCAAGCAAGCCAUAAAACUCCUGUUCCAAGCGGCCGCCUUCCGAGUGCUCUUUUUUUGUUACCGCGAGGCCUUUGACGUUCUGCUGGGGAGUCCCCCCAUCCACACAAUACUAUGCUCUCCAGCAGUCCCCCCCAUCCCUUAACCGAGAAAACCGGGUGUCAUGAUCGUUUAUCGGUACUGCAGGCAAUCCUGGCCGAUAUCCUUGGCCUUCUCACGGAAACACUGACGGCACAGGUUGAGGUCGUACUUUCGGAUGAGACCGGCCUUGUGCUUGCAGACGCGGCUACGAGAUGUUAGCAUCAAUUAUUUUCGGUCGAUGAUUUCGACGCCACCGGGCGCAUGGAAUUUCGGGUAAGGAGAUAUAUAUUCGUACCAGCUGCGAGAGCCCUUGCCGUAGUUUCGGGGGCGGGAGUUCCAGACGCUUUCGUGAGACAUCUUUGCGGUGAUGAUUGAAGGCCGAAAGCUCGAAGGGUUGCGGGAGGAUUUGAAUUCGCGAGUUGGGUUACUGCUGGAAAUUUUACUUGACUUGUGUGCACUAGGGCCCCAGUUCGGGUAGGAGCAGGGCACAGUGGGCUCCGGACUAUCAAUGACCCGGUAUCUCAAUGAUGGACCCGCUCUCCUGGAGCUGUCCAACAGGGUUACCUGGCAUCCACUGUAGAGCGAACGAACAUAAACGUCUGUUUGCAGCCCAUUGGCUUAAACUCGAUUUCUGCA